GCGCGCAUGCGCAGAAGGUUCACUCUUACACACUGCUGCAGGGAGACCGCAGGACGCUGGAUGAAUAGAGGGAGAAUAACCGUAAAUAUCCAGAUGGGAAUAUGUGGGCAGAGCAUGGCGACGUCCUGAAGAAGACAAAGACUUUUUAGGUAGCGACACCUCCAGCGCCUCUUCUAACUCGGGACAUGAAGGAUCAAUAAAGAGAAAAACAACCGAAUUCAAAUGGGGUACCAGAAUGGAUGAAGCUCAAUGGGCAGAACCCCACUUUUAUUACCGGAUCGGCCCGAAAUAGACGUGAAAAGAAGCCCAGCCGAGUGUUUGAACUGCACCCUGACACAUGUAUGUUACAAAAUCUGCUUUGUGAAUGACAGAAAAAAGCUGAAGUCCGAUUCGAUGCGUUAAAUUCCUUCGGAGAGAUGUCAUCGUCUUAAGUAGUGGAUGUGACACUGCAGCUGUGAACAUGGGAGAUCUGACCGACUCCAGAGAUCCGAAAAAGACUUUCAUUGUCCCUGCCAUCAAGUCUUUUGAGCAUUAUGAUUUCAACAGAGCUAAAAUCAGAGCCAGCCUCACAUGGCUGGUGGCCAAAGCCUUUGGUACAGACAGUGUUCCAGAAGACCUGAACGAGCCUUUCUACAGGGACCAGUAUGAGCAAGAGCACCUGAAGCCUCCAGUGGUGGGCCUUCUGCUGUCAGCUGAGCUGUACUGCCGAGCAGGAAGUCUGAUUUUAAAAAGCGACGCCGUUAAACCUCUGCUGGGUCAUGACGCCGUCAUCCAGGCUCUGGCUCAGAAGGGCCUGUACGUCACCGACCAGGAGAGACUGGUGACCGAGAGAGACCUGCAAAAGAAACCCAUUCAGAUGAGCGCCCACCUGGCCAUGAUUGACACGUUGAUGAUGGCGUAUACAGUAGAGACGGUGAGCGUGGAGAAGGUGAUGGCCUGCAUGCAGCAAUACUCCACCGAUUACCCGGACGGAGACGUGCCCUACGACACAGAGGAUGCGGUCACCAGCUGGAUGAAUAAGGUGAACGAAUACUUGAAAGAAAUCAUAAUGCAGGAGCAAAGGAGGACGGAGGCGCAGAACGCAGAGCCUGUUGAGAAUCCAAAGUCUCCAACCAAGUGGUACAUGAAGCUGGUUCCUGCGCGUUAUAGGAAGGAGCAGGUUCUGCCCAAGAUGGUGCCGUGGAUCCCCCCGGUGGACAACCUCCUGAAGGACAGCACAGAUGGCUGUGCCCUCGCCGCCCUGCUGCACUUUUACUGCCCCGCCAUCGUCCACCUGGGAGACAUUUGCCUGAAAGAGACCAUGUCGCUGGCAGACAGUCUGUACAACCUGCAGCUCAUCCAGGACUUCUGCAAGGAGCACUUGAACCACUGCUGCCACUUCAAUCUGGAGGACAUGCUCUACGCUCAUUCGUCCAUCAAAAAUAACUAUCUUGUGUUUAUGGCUGAGCUCUUCUGGUGGUUUGAGGUUGUUAAGCCGCCAUUUGUCCAGCCUCAGGUGCUGGACACCGAAGCACCAGCUCCUUCACUGAAAAAUCUGCCAUCUGUGCCCAUCUCAAAAGUCACAAAGAGAAGUUUUAUGGAAAGACCUCCUAGUCCAGACAGACCAAGUCUCCCUCUCCGACCUCAACCACAGACUUCAGGCUCAGGUGAGAUCAAGAGAUCAACCUCAAUGUCAUUUGUGGAAAGCUUCAUGGGUACUUGGCCCAAAGAGAAGAAGUCUGCUGCUCAGGGAGUGUCCUUUGAAAUCCCAUUUGAUAAAGAGAGCACCAAUCAAACACCUACUGGCCGAGGGAUGACUCGCUCUGUCAGCACUGAAGGUUUUGGUUUCAAAAUGCCCCACGGCACUAGGGGCAUCAAGAGAAACUUGUCCUUUCAGCCUGUCAAUGGCAAGAACAUGGGCAUUGAGGAGGAAGGCUGUCCGGAUAGCCUGUCAGGAAAUCAAAAUGGCCGUCUAAAUGGCUCAGGGCCACCUAGCAUCGAAGAAGCCCUUGAGAUCAUCCACAACUCUGAGAAGAAAUCUCAGAGCCCCAGGGCUCAUGCACCCAGUGAGGGCUUCUUUCUUCACCUCCAGAAUAAAAGUGAAUUGAACCCUGAAGCAAAGGAUGGCGAGCUAGACUCAGUUUCAGAAACGUCCAAAGGGGUUGCUAGCACGUCCACCACUGAAGUAGACACUGGCAUCCAUGUGCGGACGGAGGACAUCCAAGAGACCCUAGAUGAGGACUCAUCCCUUAGGGAUUGUACUGUCAGUAUGGAGCUUGAUACAGAUCACGACUUUGAGGCAAGAGCUUGCCAUAGCCAGGGCUCUACAAGCCCAUGUCCCAGCAGCCUAAGCAGCAAGUCCCCUGCUGGAAGCACCCCUGCUUUUACCCCUGGGAUUAAGAUGACCAGCUUUGCUGAGCAGAAAUUCCGUAAACUGAAUCCAAACGUGGAGACCAAAGGUGCUGCUUCCCAAAGCACAACACCAGACGGUUCAGAUCUUGGCAUUCCUCACUCUGUUUCCUGGGCUCCUUCACCUGAGGUCAGCCCUGCACAUCAGCCAUCCAAGGACCCGGCCCAGGCCAUGGCUGCAGAAAUGGUGCAGCUGCGCAUGAGACUUGAAGAGAAGCGUCGAGCCAUUGAGGCUCAGAAGAAGAAAGUAGAGGCAGCUUUUACCAGACACCGUCAGAAGAUGGGACGCAGUGCUUUCCUCACAGUUGUCAAGAGGAAAGGAAUAGAUGGUACCUCACCUUCUCAAGAGAACACUCCUAGUUCAGAGGGAAGCAAGACACCAGCGGAGACACCUCAGCCCGCCAAGUCUCCGGUGAAGUCUGCGGGUGAGGAUGGUACCUCCGAGGCGGACCUGAUGGAAUACACACGCUCCAUUGAGAAGCUCAAUGCUUCCUUGAGCUUCCUGCAGAGUGAGAUGCAGCGGCUGGCCCAGCAGCAGGAGGUAAUCAUGCAGAUGCGGGAGCAACAGGCUUGGGUGGUGUCGCCACAUCAACCUUCACCACAAAAGCAGGUGCGAGAGCUCAGAGGGAGUGGGGCACGCUCUUCUGGGUCUCCUUCACCUGCAGAUUCUCCUAGAGCUACACACCGUUCCCCUACAAACCUUAAGAGGAAGUCUGCUUCUUUCCAUUCCAAGACGCCAAGGACACCCAGACCCAGUGAGCUAAAGAUCACUCCCUUCAAUCGAGUCCUGACCGUUCCACAGUCAGUGGACAGCAUACCACGCCUGAGAAGGUUCUCCCCAUCCCAGUCCGUGUCCUGCUCAUUUUCUUAUUUGGGAAGCGAGAAGAAACCACCAUCAGGAGCUGAAGCCACGGACAAGGAGAUAGAACAAGGCCUUGAGUCAUUGUCCAUUGAAUGUUCCUCUGGGACCAUCACCUCCCCAACCAAAGAGGCUGUAACUCAAGAUGCUGACUUCAUGUCAGCCAAGGAGCCAGAAGAUAUGGGAGAGGACAGCAAGAAGGAAAACGAACCAACUGAAGAAAGAGAACAACUGAAGAAGCCAACAAAUGAGAUUAAGCCAGCAGUAGAAUCUAGUGUGUCAGAAGUUUUGUCGCAGGUCGUAAUGGAGACCGUUAUUGUCACUCCCACCGAGCCAGUUGACGUCGCCAAUCAGACCAAUAAAAAUUUGAUUGAGGUUCCACUGUCGAUUCUCAAGCCCCUGGAAGGACAAGCGUUGGAAGAGGAAGGCGAGAAGGAGACUUCAGGGGAAAAUCUGGACAAUGAGCAUAAAAUGUGCUGUGGAUUCUUCUUCAAGGAUGAUAUGAAGGAAGAGGACAGCAUGGCCAUGAAGCGAGCAGCGCUUCUGGAGAAAAGGCUGAGGCGAGAACGGGAGACCCAGCAGAGGAAACAACAGCUGGAGGCGGAGCUUGAACAAAAGAAAGAAGAGGCCAGACUGAAGGCAGAGGAAGACCGCAUGAAGAAGGAAGAAGACAAAGCCCGGCGGGAAUUUAUCAAACAAGAGUACCUGAGGAGAAAACAGCUGAAGCUUAUGGAGGACAUGGACACGCUUGUCAAACCGCGGCCUGCGGGGGCCAAACAGAGGAAACCACGGCCCAAGUCCAUCCACAGAGAUGUGAUGGAGUCCCCCAGGACUCCUGUCAGGGCCACGGCAGUGUCCAGCCUUUCUCUGGCAUCUCUUGGAGAUAAUGACAGUGUCAGCUCGGAUAAGAAAACGCAAAGAAGCAAUAGCUUAGCAUCUGGCAGUCUUUUCUUCUUUUUGAGCUCUCCUCGUGUGAGAAGUAGAAGUAGGCCUGACUCAGCAGACGGUUGCCUUUCGCCCACUCGCUCCAGCAGCCGUAACGGAGAGAAAGACUGGGAGAAUGGCUCAACCACAUCCUCACUGACGUCCAACACCGAAUACACAGGUCCUAAAUUAUAUAAGGAGCCCAGUGCAAAGUCAAACAAGCAUAUAAUUCAGAAUGCUUUGGCGCAUUGCUGUUUGGCUGGCAAAGUCAAUGAGGGACAGAAAAACAAGAUUUUGGAGGAAAUGGAGAAAUCAGGGGCUAACAACUUCCUGAUCCUAUUCCGGGAUUCCGGUUGCCAGUUCCGCUCGCUCUACACCUACAGCCCCGACACGGAGGAGAUCAGUAAGUUGUCCGGCAUCGGUCCCAAAAACAUCUCGCGCAAGAUGAUCGACGGCCUCUACAAGUACAACUCAGACAGGAAGCAGUUCAGCCAAAUUCCAGCUAAAACCAUGUCGGCAAACGUCGACGCCAUCACGAUCCACAGCCACCUGUGGCAGACCAAAAAACCAGGAACGCCGAAGAAAGUAGCGGCCGUGAAGUCCUAGUGUUUCCCGACGCCGGAUGUAAUCUCAAUGCACUUGUACAUAAUCGAAUACUACAACAUUUUUACACUCUUCCGUCAGUUGUCGUUCGGACACACAAGAUUGCGAAAAAUAUGCACAACUGGAAUGUAAAACUCUAUGGGGUGGCGAAUGGAUCAAACAGCUAAGACUGUGUUGUUUUAUUGCACCGCGUACGUGUCGUUUUUAUUUAAAUGUGCCAAAAAAAGGAAAAUAAUGAAAAGUUGUUGUCAUGGAUGACUUGUUAUUUUAAUUUGGUACACUAAAGCACUGAAUGUUCUUAGUUUGUACAGAAAUCGCGCACAUAUGUUGACGUGUGGCCUUUUUGUCUAUAUUUUAAUCUUGUUUUUAUUUGGUUUAUUUUUUACGACUGUCCUGAUAUGAUUGUACGGCUGCUUAUGGAAAGGUUCUCACAUGCAUAGCUUGUGAUCAUAACGGUUUAGUACUGUAAGGGAAUUCUGUCAUAUCUAGUAUACAUUAACCGGCGUGCUAAUGUGCAGUGAGUGGUUUAGUUUGCAGGCCGAACCCACUUCUGAUGGGUUUUAACAUUAUCUAAUGGCAUUGAUUCACAGCAGGAUUGUGAAUUCCUUUCAUUCCGUUCCUGUAGGUGUUUUUGCUUUUUAUAUAUAUAUUUUGGGGUCCGACUGAUGGAAAUAUUCAGCAUAAUGAUCUAUUUAAUCAAUAUUUAUCUUUCAUAAAAGGUCUUAAGAGACUAGGGGUUUGAAAACCAAACUUUCUGUUGGUGCGAUUAAAAAAAAACAGGCAGAUUAUCCUUGACUGAAUUGUUUGAAUGAUAUUUCCAUGGAUGAAGAUGAGUAGUAUCAUGUGCUGGAGUAAUAAUCAUUUUCAAAAUACUUUUGUACUGUAUGCUUGUGGUGACUGAUCUUAAGUAUUUCCCCAUCCCGGGUCACGCAAAAGUAUUAAAAGCAGUUUGCCAAAUUAUGUAUUUUAACGGAUUGUUGGAGCCAUUUCCGUGUUUUGCGACUGAGGGCUAAAUCGUUUGAUUGGUAAAUUAUUUUAAAUAAUAAAAAUAGUUUUUUGACUUGUUUGUAAGGGAUUAAGACAUGCCGCAUUUUGUAAGCCUGGAGUCUGUGUGACAUUUUAAGAUGUUACGAAUAUCGGUCUGUUAGCAUUCCCCCUUAAGGUACAAUGAUAUUAUUAAAAUUUUGGUAAAAAUGACAUUUCGUUGGCAAAAAGGUCCAUUGGUUACAGUAGCUGAGUUUCCAUUACCCUUCAAAUUGCCCAAACUAGAAAAAUACAAAAAAUACUGCAAAUUGAAAAUACUUCAAUUUCUCAAAAACUCCCUUCUAUCGUAAACAAGUAUUUAUGAUUGCACAAGGUGUUUUUUUGUUUUUUUUUAGGCAAAACGUAAAAAAUUAUGUUUUACUCCCAUAAUAUCAGUUAAUGGAAACGCCUCCGUUUUGCAAUAGUUUUUCAUCGACAUUAAUAAAAUAUCGCAAAAGUUUUCCGCAAAUCUGUAACGGAACAAAACGAUCCAUCGUUUUGGUAAAAAUAUUAUAUUUUGUUGGCAAAAAGGUCCAUUGGUAACAGUAGCUGCAUUUCCAUUACCCAUCAAAUUGCGCAAAUUGAAAUAGUGAAUUGAAAAUACGCCCAAUGGAAACAUGUCAAUUUUGCAAAAACUCCCAUAUAUUGCAAAAAAGUUUUUACGAUUGCAUGAGGUGGUUUUUCAGUAAGUUCAAAAAAGGAAUAUUUCGCAAAACUGCAAUUUAAAUUACAUUUUCUUCUUGAAGUUUUUUCGCAUUUACAGGUCAACUGGCAUACGGAAAAAUCACAUGAACAUUCUUUAACAUACUAUAACCUCCAAGAAACACCUCAUACAUGGCCGCUCAAAAGUAUAAUGGGUGAAAACGUUUCACGUUUUAGUCGCAUAACAUCGGUUAAUGGAAACGCUGCCAUAUUGCAAUCGUGUUUUAGCGAGAUUUAUAAAAAUAAAGAUUGGUCUUAUCUAGUGAAACGAUCUGUCAUUUUGAUGAAAAUGUGACAAUCUGUUGGAAAGAAAGGUCCAUUCAUAACAGUAGCUGCGUUUCCAUUACCCUUCAAAUUUCACAAAUUGAAUCACGUCAAUUUCGCGAAAACUCCCAUAUAUCACAAAAAAGUGGAAAACACUUUGCAGUAGCCAUUUUGCAGUAGUUUUUUUAUCCGCAUUUAUAAAAUAUCGCAAAUGUUAUGUGCAAAUCUGCAAUGAAAUGGUGUUAUCUAGCGAAAUGAUCUGUCAUUUUGGUGAAAAUAUGACAUUUAGUUGGCAAAAAGCUCUGUUGGUAACAGUAGCUGGGUUUCCAAUAACCUUUAAGUUGCGCAAAUUGAAAUUGCAACCUGAAAAAAAUACGUCAAUUUGACAAAAACUCAUAUACUCAAAAAACUCUUUAAUAUACUAUAACCUCCAAGAAACACAGCAUAUGUGGCCACUCACAAAUAUAAGGGUAAAAAAUUAAGUUUUAGUUGCAUAACAUAAGUUAAUGGAAACACUGCCAUUUCACAAUAGUUUUUUUAUCGACAUUUAUAAAAUCUCGCAAAAUUUAUGUGCAAAUCUGUAAUUGAAUUGUCUUAUUUAGCAAAAUGAUCUGUCAUUUUGGUGAAAAUAUGACGUUUUGUUGGCAAAAAGGUCCAUUGCUAACAGUAGCUGCAUUUUCAUUACCCUUAAAAUUGCGUAAACUGAAAUUGCGAAUUGAAAAUACGUCAAUUUCACAAAAACUCCCAUCUAUCACAAACACAUUUUUUACGAUAGCAUGAGGUGGUUUUUCGGGCAAUUCGAAAAAGGAAUAUUUUGCAAAACUUCAAUGGAAAUAGUUUUUUUUUUUUUUUUUUUUUUUCGCAUUUACAGGUCAACUCGUGUACGAAAAAAAUCACACGAUCACUCUUUAAUAUACUAUAACCUCCAAGAAACACCCCGUACAUGCCCCCUCACAAGUAUAAGCAGUAAAAAAUAGUUUUAGUCGCAUAACAUCGGUUAAUGGAAACGCUGCCAUUUCGCAAUCGUUUUUUAUCGAUAUAAAAUAUUGCAAAAGUUUUGUGCAAAUCUGUAUUGAAAUGGUCUUAUCUAGUGAAACGGACAUUUUUGCACAAAGUUUUGUGCAAAUCUGUAAUGGAAAUGCACCUAGUGUAGCAAUGAAGAAGUCGCUGUCAAUCCAAACAGAUUUUUGUUGGUUAAAGCGCAAAAUUUUGGUGAAUCCGUUGCGAAAUCUGCAAGCGAAAUUUCCAGUAAUAAAAAAUGACUCCGCAAAACUCGCCAAACUACGGUAGCUAAAUGUGACUGCACCUUCAAUCAUUUUAAGGCAGAAUGUGGCUGUAUACGGGUAGAGGCUUUAUUGCCUAACGAAAAAACGGCCUUUCUUUUGUGCCCUUUAUUUCAGUAGGAGUUGUAAAAAAUUGGUGCUUGCCUCUCGAAACAUAAACUUGCACACCUGUUCUCCCAUUCAAAGAUUUCUUGAGUAGUUUGAGUGAUGUGUCAGUGUUUGGAAUGGAAAUAUGUGCACAGCCCUGAAUACACAGUAGCUGACAUCUUAUAUCCAUUAGAAUGGUACUACUGGAAACAAAUGGUAUUUCGAGCCACAAACGAAGGUUAUUUAACUGUAAAUGAGCACGAUAGAAAACUGUACAGUGUGUGUUCUCUAAUCUCUCCAGCACGUCUCUCUCUCUAUUUUAUUUUCUUUCAGGCGCUGUGCUGUCAUAUUGUUCAAAGUAACAUGUUCGAUUUCAAUUGCAUUCAAUAAAUUUCGCAUGGCCUCAUGUGCAGCCUGCUGA